AGAAAUUACUAGAGCAUAUCGGAAAAAAGCAAUUAUCUAUCAUCCAGAUAAAAAUAAAAGCGAAAGCGCAAAAACUAUUUUUCAAGAUUUGGCUAAAGCGUAUGAAAUUCUUUCGGAUCCAAAAGCUCGUGCUGCUUACGAUGUUGUUAAAAAAGUGAAGUUAGAAAAAAAGAAAAGGGAGUUACAGUUAUCCGAAAAAAGAAGAAAUUUAAAAGAAAAUUUAGAAAAAAGAGAAAAGGAAGCAGAAAAAAACAAAAAUAAGAAAAAAUAUAGAGAAGAUGAUGAGAGUUUUGAUUCUGAUAUUACUGAAGCGCAGCAAUACUUUUAUAAAGAAGUUGAACGUCUUCGGCAAGAAGGAAAUACGCGUCUACAGCAAGAACUUGAACGCAUGAAAGCUCGUCUCUCUUUCUAUGACUUUCCUAUGAAAAAUCAAAGUUAUAAAAGGCCUGAGGAGUAUUGUAAGGUAAAGUUAAAGUGGAAAAUAAAAGAAAAGAAAUUUACAGCACAUGAGCUAAAAAGCUAUUUGGAAAGCAAAUAUGGCCUUGUAAAACACGUGGUUGUAUCCAUGAGAUCCACUGGCACUGCUGUGGUGGAAUUUGAGGACUUUUCUAGCGCUCAACAUGCAGUUAGUGAUUCUCAAGAAUCGAUUCGCGUAGCUUGGAUUAUUGAACCGCCUUCCUUGGACUCUUUUCUGCAAUGCGAGAAACGGAGCGAGUUAUUAACCAAUAGUGGAAGUACGAGAUUUGAGCAGUUCGAAGCAAUGACACUUUUGAAAAUGAGACAGUCGCAAGAUUUGCGUAAUAUUGCUUUAGGGCACAAGGGAAGCCUAGACUCCUUGCUCGAGUCUCCAGCGGCCAUGCGUUUAAGGCAAAAAGGGGAAAGAGAGCGGCUUAUUAAACAGUUGCAGGAAGAGGAAGAAGAAGAAAAAUAAAAGUUGAGUGAAUAUUGAAAAGAAAAAAAAUUUUACGGAAGCAGAAGUAAAGGUGCUAGUAAAAAAAAAAAU